CUGUCGCUUAGGUUGAAGUCCAUCAGCUCUUGCCAAAAAAAAAAAAAAUUGGAGGCUUGCGGUGAUGGGACCAUUGGCACAAAUGUCCUGAAAUUGUUAGAAGCCUGGAGUUUUAGGGAAGUUGCUGCCUCUAUACUAGCAGGUUUUUGCAGCAUUAACAUUGUUCCUGCUGUCUGGAAUAAACUCUUUUGCUCUUUUUCCUUUUUCUUCCCCCUCUGCUUCUCAUGCCUGAUUAUUUUCUGACUACAGUAGGAUGAAUCUGUUGCAAAAGAUUCUGAUUCCUUUGGUAGGAAUUGUCUUGGCCUUCUAUUUUUAUUCAGGAAAGGAAGAUUUUAAACCUGAAAUGUUGAAAGGGAAGCGGGUGAUUGUUACUGGGGCAAGCACUGGAAUUGGAGAGCAGAUAGCAUACCAUCUAGCACGGAUGGGUUCCCAUCUCCUGAUUACGGCACGGACAGAAGCCCAGCUCCAGCAAGUGGUUGCUAAGUGUUUAGAGUUGGGUGCAGCAUCUGCCAGGUACAUUAAUGGCAGUAUGGAAGAUAUGAAAUUUGCUCAGGCUGUGGUGAAGAAAGCAGAGGAAUUAUGGGGAAGUCUAGAUAUGCUUAUUCUGAAUCAUGUUGGCAACUCCUACUUCAAUUAUUUCAAUUGGGACAUUGGGCAUGUGCAAAAACUUCUGGACAUCAAUUUCCUAAGCUAUGUAACAAUGACAGUUUCAGCUUUUCCCAUGCUUAAGAUCAGUGGAGGAAGCAUAGUGGUUGUUUCAUCCAUGGCAGGCAAAAUUGGCUUCCCAUUCAUUGCUCCUUAUUCUGCAACAAAGUUUGCACUAGGUGGAUUUUUCAGCUCUUUGAGGCAGGAAUUUAUCAUGCAGAACACCAAUGUUUCCAUCACAAUCUGCAUCCUUGGACUCAUCAACACAGAAAAUGCCAUGAAAGCGGUAUCUGGUAAAUUCACAUCUCUGUCUUCACCUGCGCCAAAAGAAGAAUGUGCCCUAGAAAUCAUUAAAGGGGGUGCCCUGCGUCAGCGGGAGGUUUAUUACAAAUAUAUGGCUACAAAGAUCCCUACACUUUUGCGAGAUUGGGCUCCAGAGCUCAUAGAUUAUGUCUUUCGGACAUAUUAUAAUGUGGACAAUCUAAAACAUGAUUAACCACAGUCUGUCCGUUUACUGCUUCUGCAUUUUCUGUUCUCCUAAGUCAGUGUUUUUCAAACUUGGCAACUUUAAGAGAUGUGGAAGUUGAAGUCCACACAUUGUAAAUUUGCCAAGUUUGAAAAACAUGGAUGUAAGACAGCAUUGUUUCUUCUCUCUUAAUUAAUGUUAAUACAUAGCAUCCUACAAUCCAGAGAUUCACUAUGCUGUUAUAUACAGACCCAAAAUCCACUUCUGUGUCUUGGGAUUUCACACUGUUGGUUAAUGUAUUAUCUAAAUUCUGGAACAGGACGAAGUGGGUAAAUGUGGAUAUACUAGAAAAACUCAGAUUAAUGAUAAAUGUUUUGUAUGGUCUUAAACUGCAUCCAGAUGGUUGUUUCACUUACUCUGUAUUCAAUUCUCUAAAGCAAAACAAGACAUAAAGAGGAAAUUAGAGAGAGAAAAAGUUGUAACACAGUGCUGAGUUUUAUAGUUUUUAAUCUAUUCUGUAUAUAAAGUAGAUUUCUCACAUCUCUGACAUAGAGAGGAGGUCAACCAAGUAAGUGCAAGAUAGCCUCUGGCUUAGCCUGAUAGGAGGCACUUGAUACUUAACAAAUCUGUAUAUAGAUUUGGCAUUAAAAAGUACACUUUUCAAAUUUUCAAAGUUCUAAAAUUAUUAUUUUAAAAAAUCAGUUUAGGUAACAUUUAUGUUUGUUUAUAGUAAUUUUAUUAAAAAUUACAAAUACAACAAUACAAACUAAUACAAACUAAAAAAGAAAAGAAUAAAAAGAAAAAAUAGAAGGUGCAGAAAAGAAAAAAAUAGAAAGAAAAAUAGAAGAGAAAGAAAAAAUAAGAAUAUAGUAAAGAAAAAAAGAUAUAAAUAUAUAAAGAAAUGACUUUCUCUUCAGCAAAACAAGUAUAAACAAUUUUAGUAACUUACCACCUUCUCUUAAAAGAUAACAAAUGAUCUCUUCUUCCCAUAGCCCAUCUAUUAUCUAUAAACAAAUUCUUAAAGCCUUGUCAUUUCAGUCCUGAUGUCAGCAAAAGUCCAUUAAGGGUUACCAGAGAUAGCAACAUAUCUAUUUUAACCUUGAUCAAAUAAACCAACUUAUAUUCCUUCCUUUUUUUUCUAACAAUCUUAAUCUUUAGUCCAUUCAAAUAAUGUUAAGGAACUUGAUUUCUUUUCAUUCUUUUUUUUUUUUUGUCCCUUCUUAUGAGAUUUUUUAAAACCUUAACAAGUCACUGUUGUAAAUCCCAUAUAGGAAAAUUAUCCAGGUCACUCUCUUGGUUGAUUGUUUGUAUAUCCUUUUUUAAAAACAUCAGCCAGUUUCUUUUGUAUGUCCAGUGUAAUAUCUUUUUCCAUGUCAUUCUUGUAGGCUGUCAUUUGUAAAUCCAUUUUCAACUCAGUCUCAAUCUUGUCAGGUAAACUUGUUCUUCUUCCAUAACAUCUUUUAGACACAGUCUCUCCAUUAGAGGCAGAUGUCUCUGUUGACACCAUUAAUAUUAACUUCUGAGCCCUUUUUCAAAAAUAUCCUUCAAUACAUCCAAUGUUAGAACAUUUUGCUCCAUUCUGUGACUGUAAGUCAAAUUUAUAUGUUCUUUUAAUUGUAAUCUUUAGUUCCCUCUAGUGUCCAUUUUUUUAAAAAAUGUAUUGUUUUUUUAAAAAAUUCAAAACAAAAACGUUCCUUCUCAUGGGAAGGAUUCUUUAUAAUUAAUUCCAAAAUCUUAUUUCAAAUUUAUUUGGAUCCUUAGUCUGUUUGUAACUUUCUAAAAUCAAAGUUUUAAUAACCCUUUUGUUAUUUAUUUUAAAAAAAUAAUUUUUAAGUUCUUAAACUGUAAUUAAAACUUUCUUUUGCUAAGGAUUGAAGGGAAACUCACCCGCUGCUGUCAAACUUGUUGUUACAAAGAUUUCUAAUAGCUGAAAAGCAGUUAACAAGCAAUUUUUGAAAGGGAUUAGAAAGGGAAGUAUGCAAACUUAGUGUCCUUUCAAAAGUGCUGACCAUGGUUUGAGCAAGAGGGCUAUUCCCUCAUCCCCUAGAGCUCUAAACUCGCCAGAGAUUGUUAUCUUGCAGUCUCCUUAUGAGGAGCAGCUGUCUGGGGCAAUUGUGGGUGAUCUCUAGUCCUCUCCUUGCCCAGAGAGGUUCAAAGAGCCAGUCCAUUUGCCAGCUCUUCAUUCUUCAUCACGGUCAUCAGCUCAGCUUUUCGCAGAGCCCUCUUCAGUCUGCCAUUUCUUCCUCUGGAAGUCCCAGGAAAUGUGUUUGUUAAGUAAUAGAUAAGAACAGGACUUGGGAUACUCUGGGUCUAGUCCACCUCAGCCAUGGAAAACUCACUGGGUGAUCUUGAACUAGUCAUUAUAUCUCAACCCAAUCUAUUCUACAGGAUAGUUUUUGUGGGAGAAAUGGGGGGGAGGGGUUGGAAUGACAAGAGCAGUGCUGUCCCAAUGUGAUACAUGCAUGUGCAAAAGGGGCAGAGGCUAUGGCCAAUGCUGCUUUUGUCAUUUUGAAAAAAGCACUGGAUCUUGCAGACAAUUCUGCUCAGAUUUGAAAAUAUUGUUAAAAACUGAAUAAGGUUUAUGUAAAAUGAAAUUCUGAAUUAAAAAAAAAAAGAACUGUAAGAAUUUUCCUCCAAAUGUAUUAAGCUGUAUAUUAUGCAAUGGGCAUAACAAGAUCCAGCAUUAAAACUUAUAUAUAAAUAUAUUCUCAAUAUAUUUUUUCUAACACCCUUACAUUUAAAGUUUAAUGUAAAAGUGAUAGCUUUGUAUUAACAGUUCUUUUUAACAAGUAUUUUGUGCAUCUGAUAUUUACCAUUGCUGGUGAUGAAAUUCACAAUUAAAACACAUAUCUGAACUAGGCCAGUGAGUUGAUAUUGAAGUAUAAUGUAACUUUUGAAACUUAAUUCUGUCCUGAACAAAAGAAGAGAUUAAUAGAUAAAUAUUUUGUAGUUCACUAUUCUAGGGAAUCUAAUUGUAAAUACAACAAAAUAUCCACGUCUCAUGGUUCAUCAUCACACAACUUCCUUCCAUUUGCUAAAAAAAAUGUUUCCCUUCAUCAACAUUUAUGUCCUUGUUGGGACAGCUCAGUGGAAUCUUUGAGCCAUAUGCUCUUUCACUGGUCUCUCUACGUGAAAUCGUGGGUUAAUAAUAUUAAUUCUGUCCUGAAGAAAUUUCCUGGUAGAGAAUAUGAUUUCUCUUUGUCAGUUCUGUCUGACCAGGAUUUAGAUAUAUCUUUCCAAUUACAGAAUUAGAUCUAUACUCUACCUCUUGGUCUAGUCAAAAUAAAAUGAAAUUCAGUUUGGGGAUAAGUUGGGAAGAUCCUUUGAGGACAUAUAUUGUUAUAUAGAGAAACACUUAAUACUUUCAAAAUGUUAGAAUACAAACCAUUCAAAGUUUUCAGUAUUGAUUUUUUUUUCUUCCCUUGCUUGUUUGUUUGCCAAUCAUGUCUCUUUUAUUGUGAAGGGAAGUCAUUUUUAACUUGAACAUGUGAUAUCCAUUUCAUCAGAAAACUGUAGUAUUUUUCACAGUUUCCAUUAAUCUCAUCCAUGUGUCAUGUAUGUUUCUCCAAAAAUACAGCCACAAGUAGUACAGUGACAUCUACUGAAUAAACAUUGCUUUGCACAAUGAA